UGCCGCGCAAUACUGAAAGGAUGGUUGCUCCUGUCUGUCGAGUGUGUUAGGUUUGUCAAACAUGUAACAGACAAAAUGAGUCGUAUUGUCAAAGAUUUAGUUGUGUCGGAGGAAGAAGCGGAGCUGAAGAAAAGAGGAUAUUGUCUCGGAACUACUCUUGGAGAAGGUUCUUACGCUAAGGUGAAGAGCGCGUAUUCCGAGAAGCUUCAGAAGAGGGUUGCUGUCAAAAUUAUUAAUCGCAAACGUGCACCAAAGGACUUUCGUGAAAAGUUUCUUCCGCGGGAACUUCAAGUAUUGAAAGUGGUGGAUCAUCAAAAUGUUGUCGCUUUGUAUGAUAUCCUGGAGAUUCACCACAAGUUAUACAUAGUGAUGGAGCAUGCAGGUCAUGGUGACCUCUUGGAGUAUAUAAAACUGAGAGGGGCCCAGCCUGAAGACCAAGCCCGCAAGAUGUUCAAGCAGCUAAUGGAUGGGAUAGACUAUCUCCACAAGAAUCACAUAGCCCACAGGGAUCUCAAGUGCGAGAACCUCCUCCUAGACAGCCAGAACGUAAUCAAGGUAUCGGAUUUUGGCUUCUCCCGCUUCUAUGACAACGGAAUGACCAGUAAGACCUUCUGUGGAAGUGCUGCGUACGCAGCACCGGAAGUUCUCCAAGGUAUCCCGUACUUCGUGCCUCUCCACGACAUCUGGGCAAUGGGGAUCAUCCUGUAUAUCAUGGUGUGUGCCUCAAUGCCGUACGACGACUCCAACUUAAAGCGCAUGAUCAGAGACCAGACUGAAAAGAAGGUCAGUUUCUCCAAGUCCAAGAAGAUCUCCCCUGAAUGUAAGGACUUGAUGCACCGAAUUCUCGAGGUUAACGUCAAGAAACGUGCCACCAUUGUCGCCAUGUCGGAGCAUCCGUGGAUAAAAGAGAGCAAUGGUGCCCCAACUACACCACUGAGCCAGGCUUCCUCGCCACAGCCAGUCAGCAGCGAGGACAAGAAAAAGGACAGGGUGAGCGAAGAUAAACCUCGCCCAACACUUCUCACUAACCUUCACCUUAGACCGGAAGAGAGGGAUGGCAAAAAGAAGUCCAAGGACAAAAUCGGAAAGAGUGAAACGCCGGAUAUUCCUCUUCAGCCGGAGGCUAAGGCGUGAGUGCGGUUGCGUGAAUGAUUUCUCAAACAUUUCUCUAACGCUGUCAGUGCGUUGUGAGGUUUUAUUGUUUCCUCCAUCAAGAAAGUGCAAUAUUUGUUGAGAUUUAAUAUUUCUAAUUUUGUGUUUUAGUUUUAUGCUAAUGGGUGUAUCUGGCUGGGUCUGAUCAUAUUUAUGCGCUCGUUUGCUGAACAAAAAUUAACAUUUAGAAUCAAAGGCAAUAUAAUAUAUUUAUAUAUAUUAUACAAUUAUUAUUGCAGUUUUGGCAAAAUG